AUGGGGGUCCCAGCAGGUGUCACAGGGGUCCUGGUGGGUGUCACUGGGGUCCUGACGGAUGUCCCAGCAGUCCUGUCAGGUGUCACGAGUGUCACGGGGCUCCUGGUGGGUGUCACUGGGGUCCUGACGGAUGUCCCAGCAGUCCUGUCAGGUGUCACGAGUGUCACGGGGCUCCUGGUGGGUGUCACUGGGGUCCUGACGGAUGUCCCAGCAGUCCUGUCAGGUGUCACGAGUGUCACGGGGCUCCUGGUGGGUGUCACUGGGGUCCUGACGGAUGUCCCAGCAGUCCCGUCAGGUGUCACGAGUGUCACAGGGCUCCUGGUGGGUGUCACUGGGGUCCUGACGGAUGUCCCAGCAGUCCCGUCAGGUGUCACGAGUGUCACAGGGCUCCUGGUGGGUGUCACUGGGGUCCUGACGGAUGUCCCAGCAGUCCCGUCAGGUGUCACGAGUGUCACAGGGCUCCUGGUGGGUGUCACUGGGGUCCUGACGGAUGUCCCAGCAGUCCCGUCAGGUGUCACGAGUGUCACAGGGCUCCUGGUGGGUGUCACUGGGGUCCUGACGGAGGUCCCAGCAGUCCCGUCAGGUGUCACGAGUGUCAUGGGGCUCCUGGUGGGUGUCACUGGGGUCCUGACGGAUGUCCCAGCAGUCCCGUCAGGUGUCACGAGUGUCAUGGGGGUCCUGGUGGGUGUCACUGGGGUCCUGACGGAUGUCCCAGCAGUCCCGUCAGGUGUCACUGGGCUCCUGGUGGGUGUCACUGGGGUCCUGACGGAUGUCCCAGCAGUCCCGUCAGGUGUCACUGGGCUCCUGGUGGGUGUCACUGGGGUCCUGACGGAUGUCCCAGCAGUCCCGUCAGGUGUCACUGGGCUCCUGGUGGGUGUCACUGGGGUCCUGACGGAGGUCCCAGCAGUCCCGUCAGGUGUCACUGGGCUCCUGGUGGGUGUCACUGGGGUCCUGACGGAGGUCCCAGGAGUCCCGUCAGGAUUGUACGGGCGCAUGCCAAGCUCUUGCAGGCCCUCAUGGGGCCUGACGGGCGCCUACGGUCCCGCCCUGAGCUCCACCGGCCUGCGGACCUGCACCAAGUCCUAUGGGCCCGUACAGGUUCGUGCCGAGCUCGUACAGGCCUGUGCAAGACGCUAUGGGCUCGUAUGUGCCUGUGCCAAACUCGCCCACACCGAGCUUUAUGGGCUUGUACUGGCCCACGCUGAGCUCGUACGGACCCAGGCCCAUGACAAGCUCCUAUGGGCCUGCACCAGCCUCUACAGGCUCAUACGGCCCCGAACCAGCUUCUACAGGCCAGUGCGGAUCCUUGCCAAGCUCUUACGGGCCUGUGCCAGCCUCCGUGGGCUCGUAUCGGCCCACACAGGGCUUGUACAGUCCCGCGCUGGCCUCUACGGCCUUGGUCCGAACAGGGUCUUUCUACGAGCGGCGAAUUCAAGGCUUAGGUCUUUCUGCUCAUUUCCAGCCAAGAAAUGCCAGCCCUGCCCUUCCUGCUCCUCUCCCGUCCUUCCCGGCUGCCCGGAAGACGGCGUCGGCUACGGAGAGAAAUGCUUCUACUUCGUGGAGGCCGAAGCGGACUGGAAGAGCAGUGAAAGCUCCUGCCUUUCCCUCGGAGCCCACCUGGGCACCAUUGACAGCCCGAAAGAGCUGGUAAAGGAGAAAUCCCUGAGAGAUCGGUUCCUGUUGCGCUACGGGGAGUCCUUACCCUACUGGAUCGGUCUGCGAAGGGAAGGCUCCGGACCUUGGAAAUGGCCCGACGGCUCCUUCUUCACCAACUCCAAAACCAGCACGCCCUCUUAG